UGCUACAGUUCGGACGUCCAGUGGUAGUGUAAGGCAGUGCAUUGUCAUCAUAGUGACUGACAGACUUACCGACAAUGUUACUAACCGUUUUAUAUAUAUUAUUAUUUUUUAUUACAAGUGAUGUUACACCAAUGCAAAGUUCGAAAGCCCUGGAAGGUUAUCCAUCAGGAUUACUUGGAGAUUGUCCCGGAUCAACUAAGCAAGCAAUAAUAACAAAGAAGGCGUUAAAGUAUUUAUCAUUGUACGUCCAAGGUCCGGGAAACAUAUUCAACGCACGCCACGUCAAGUACACUUACUUCCAAAUGCACCAGCUCGCUCGAGACAAAGAUAUUGACUUUAAGAAGAAGACUUUACUAUACAUAGGAGGUUUUCUUGACAGCCCUAACUUUCCGAUUGCUUCGUCUCUUGCUGCGGUGUACCAUGAGUUGAACUACAACGUGUUAUUACUGGACACCAAUAUGUUCACCACUAUGGAAUAUCCAAUGGCUGCUCGCUUCAUGCGCCCAGUCGGCAAACAUGCGGCGAAGAUGUUAGCUGUUCUCAUGGAAGAGGGACUCGACCCUAAGAAACUGGAGAUCGUCGGUUUAAGUCUUGGAGCGCAAACGAUGAGCUACGUUGCUAAAGCAUUCCAAGAGAUAACCGGCAAGAAUAUAUCGAGACUGACCGGUCUUGAUCCAUCUGGACCUUGUUUUAGAAACCUCGGACCAGAGGAAAGACUAGAUAUGUCGGAUGCGGACUUCGUUGAUGUUAUUAAGACUAAUAUAGAUGGUUUUGGACAUGCAGCACCUACAGGACAUGUCAAUUUCUACGUGAAUGGUGGGGAAUAUCAACCAGGUGAUGUUCUAUGGAUGCCUUGUAAUGUACUAUGUAGUCACACUAGAUCGUAUACACUUUGGAUAGCAGCAUUGAAGUAUCCUGACAAAUUUAUAGCUAUACAAUGUGAUUCAGUACAGCAGGCGAGAGAUAGAGAGUGUUACGACAGGAAACCUCUAGUUACAAAUAUAUUAGGAUUAAAUGUGGACAAGACUAAAGAAGGAAUAUUUUAUCUAGCGACUGAUAAUAACUAUCCUUAUUAUUUAGGUGAGAAAGGACUUAAAAGUGAAAACGAUUAUUUUACUAAAAAAACCAAAAUGAUUAAUGAAGAAGCUGUGAUAAAAAUGUGAUACAUUUUCAAAUUAUUCAAAC